GAUGGCUUACAGUCUGGCGUACUCGGUGAGUGCACUCCGCCCCUGGCUGAAAUCUAGUGACUUGGCCAAUUUUCUAAAGGGCUGAAAAGGCUACCCAGUGGGCGCGGUUCCUUUAAGGGCCGGGGGCGUGUGUGAGUCGCUCCGCCCCUCCCCGGCUGUCCUCCGUCCUUAAAGGGACCGUGCCCCAGGGGCCGCAGAGUGACGCUGGUGGAGGGUGCUUCCCUGAUCUAGCCGCUGCCAGGGGCAGGCGGUACGGCGCACCAUGUACACCAUCACCAAGGGGCCCAGCAAGCUGGUCGCGCAGCGCCGCACAGGUCCCACGCAGCAGCAGGUAGAGAGCAGGCUCGGCGAGCUCCUGAAAUGCCGGCAGCCCGUGCCGCCGACCGCGCUACACACGCGCGAGCAGCCGUCGGUGCAGCCUCAGGGACCCUGGCCCCUGGCAAGUCCAGGGCCGAGGCUUGUGUUCAAUCGAGUGAAUGGCCGGCGGCCCCUCACCUCAUCUCCAUCCCUCGAGGGAGCCCAAGAGACCUACACACUGGCCCACGAGGAGAACGUCCGAUUUGUGUCCGAAGCCUGGCAGCAGGUGGAGCGACAGCUGGAUGGUGGCCCUGCCAAUGAGAGCGGCCCACGGCCUGUGCAGUAUGUAGAGAGCACUCCUGAUCCCCGGCUGCAGAACUUUGUACCUAUUGACCUUGAUGAGUGGUGGGCACAGCAGUUCCUGGCUAGGAUCACCAACUGUUCCUAACACCUGUCCAGGAAGGAAUGCUGCCAUAGUGGACCCUUUGCCCAAAGAGGACCAUGGUGCGCUGGUCCACCUUGUGGCCUGGCUGGGUACCGGCCACACCUGAAGUGCCAACAUUUGGACUUUUGCACCUGUCGUUCCUUUGGCUUGGCUGUCUCAAGCUGCCAGAGCCAGAGGCCAAACCUGUCUAACCUCAGUCCUGCUCACUGUGCCCAGGGACCAGCCCCUGGGGCUGGCAGGGAGGAGCCCAGGCUAAUAAAAUUGAAAAACUGCC